AUGGCUUCUUGCAGCACCUUCUUGUCUGAAGAUCAGUUCCUGUGUUCUAUCUGUCUGGAUGUGUUCACCUAUCCUGUCACAAUUUCAUGUGGACAAAACUUCUGCAAAGCCUGUAUCACCAAGUACUGGGACAACAGUGACCUGUGUCAAUGUCCCAUGUGUAAAAUGACUUUUGAUAAGAGACCAGAUUUCUAUGUCAAUACUUCCAUCUCUGAGAUGGCUGCUCAGUUUAGGAAGUCAGAGCCACUGAAAGCUACCAUCAGUCCAGACCUGCGUCCAACUAAACCUGAAGUGUCAUGUGACAUCUGUACAGGUACCAAGCUCAAGGCCCUGAAGUCCUGUCUGGUGUGUCUGGCCUCUUACUGUGAGACUCACCUGGAGCCUCAUCAGAGAGUUGCAGCCUGGAAGAAACACAAGCUGAUCGACCCUGUGGAGAAUCUGGACUACAGGAUCUGUCAGAAGCAUGAGAGACCCCUGGAGCUGUUCUGUAGGACUGACCAGACGUGUGUGUGUUUCAGGUGCACGAGAACAGUACAUAACACCCAUGACACUGUCACUUUAGAGGACGAGUACAAACCAAAAAAGGAUGAUCUGGGGAAGUUGAUGGCUGAGAUGAACCAGAUGAUGGAAGAAAGAUCUAGGAAGGUUCAGGAGAUCAAACUCUCAGUAGAGACCAGCAAGAGUGAUGCAGAGAAAGAUAUAUCAGACAGUGUUCAGGUCUUCACUGCUCUAGUGCGCUCCUUUGAGAGAAUCCAUGCUGAGAUCAUUGAGGUGAUGGAGGAGAAGCAGAAAGCAGCUGAGAAACAGGCUGAAAGGUUGAUUAAAGAUCUGGAGCAGGAGAUCACUGAGCUGAAGAGGAGAAGCACUGAGCUGGAGCAGCUCUCACACACUGAGGACCACCUCCAUCUGCUCCAGAGCUUCCCAUCCCUGAGCACCCCUCUACACACUAAGGACUGGUCUGAGAUCAGUGUCCACAGUGGUCUGAUCUUGGCGGCAGUGAGGAGAGCUGUGUCUCAGCUGGAGGAGACACUCAAUAAAGAGAUGGAGAAGCUGUCUGACCCUGAACUGAAGAGGAUUCAGCAGUAUGCAGUGGAUGUGACUCUGGACCCUGAUACAGCACAUCCCGGUCUCUUCCUGUCUAAGGAUGGGAAACAAGUGAGACUUGGAGGCAUAAAGCUGGUUCUCCCUGACAACCCAGAGAGGUUUGAUCUUUGUAACAAUGUUCUGGGAAAGCAGGGCUUCUCCUCAGGGAGGUUCUACUAUGAGGUGCUCGUUGAGGGGAAGACUAACUGGGGUCUGGGAGUGGUUAGAGACUCCAUCAACAGAAAGGGGAAGAUCACAGCGAGUCCUAAGAAUGGAUAUUGGAUUGUAGUCCUGAAGAAUGGUAACAAGUAUAUAGCUUCUGGCCGCUCUGUCCUCUCCCUGAGACAGAAGCCCCAGAAGGUGGGGGUGUUUGUGGACUAUGAGGAGGGUCUGGUCUCCUUUUAUGAUGUGGAGGCCAGGUCUCAUAUCUACUCUUUCACUGGCUGCACCUUUACUAAGAAACUCUAUCCACUCUUCAGUCCCUUUCUGAACGAUGGAGGUAAAAACUCUGUCCCCCUGCUCAUCACUCCUGUCACACGCUAA